UGUGGGCGGAGCUUAUGAGUGACGGACAGCUCUGUUUUCUCCUCUCUGCAGCUGCUGAUUUCUUCUGAUUUCUUCAUUUUAAUAAAAAUAAAUACAUAAAUAAAUAAAGUAAAUCAGGACAUCAUCGAGAGACGGAAGUACUUUAUUUAUUUUAGUUUUUUUCUCUUCUGCCGGGGUCUCCUCCCSCCUCCUCCUCAUCCUCCCCCUCAUAAUCUCUUCAUCCUGCAGCUGAGAUGUCCACUCCAGAAACAGCAGGUGCUCCAGGAGCUCCCGGGGCCCCAGAAGGUGAGGGGGGUCCUCGAGCUCCGCCUCCUAAUCUGACAAGCAACCGACGUCUCCAGCAGACRCAGGCGCAGGUGGACGAGGUGGUGGACAUCAUGCGUGUGAACGUGGACAAAGUCCUGGAGAGGGACCAGAAGCUGUCCGAACUGGACGACCGGGCGGACGCCCUGCAGGCCGGAGCCUCGCAGUUUGAAAGCAGCGCCGCCAAACUCAAGAACAAGUACUGGUGGAAAAACUGCAAG